AUGUCGUUUCUGCUUUGUCCAGGUGGUGGUGGUGACUCUAGCGCUCGUGCAUGUCCGGUUCCGUUGAGGACAGGUACCGGUGUGCUUCCUCAAGAGUCGCGGUUGCUUCUUCCCGUUUGUGAACGCCGGUGGUGUUUAGAUCGGUUUCUUGUCGGUGUAGGGGGGGAGACUGUGAUCUGGUUGGUGGUCUAUGGCGUGAAGUCCCUCCCGGUGAGAUUCCCCACUCAUGGUCCUUCACAGACUUUUGUCGAUUUGAAUCUACCGGUGGUGGUUUCGUAUGUGUGUUCGGGUGUCUUGCUCAGCCGAAUCCUUGUUUCCUCUUCCGUCUGCGGUGGCUCGGCGUUGGCGUUCGUCUCAGUUCGUGUGUUCGGCGGCGGCGUUUUCGUUGAACAGUCGGCUAGGGUUUCUGAGGCUCUUUGGUAUUUGGGCCUUUUGUGGUCUUCUGGUUUGUUGGGCUUUCUUAGGCCGAGCCCAGUUUGGGAUUGGUUUGGGCCUGUUUUGUGUUAA